GUCUGCAAGGGCUUUUAUUGAGCCUACUGUUAUUCACCACUGGCAAACUUUUCAAAAUGGUGUACUGCAGCAACUCAGCCAGAAGGAAAAGGUCAUACUUGGAGGCAACAUGAAGGCUGACUCUCCAGGUUGUUAUAUUGCACUGAAUUACAAAAUUUGAUGUUAGUGGUUGAUGGUUUAUGUGGUGCAAAGGAGAGUGGAAGAAAAUAUGGAAAUGAGAAUAAUAAUAUGAAGUUUUAUUACUCUCUUUCAGCAAAGUUUGGGAGCUUCACAACCAUGGACCUAGAUAUGAACACGGUUGUGGACAUACAGUUGGUUCAG